UGACGUACCUUUAUGUCAAUCUCAGGUUUAGGUUAGAAGGGGGCAGACAUUACGAUGGACGCGCAUAUUCGACUCCCAGCCAAUGCAACGAUAUAUUUUUCAUUUUCUGGUCUUAUGAACAGUCAUUUAAUGUUGCCUCACUGGCAUACGAACAGAUGUGAUAGCUAGUUCAUUCAUUUAUUAUGUAACAUCAAUGCGUUAGUGUGUGUAGGCGAACUGUAAUCACGUCGUGUAUUGCCAAGACGAACUGCUGACGUCAUAGAAGCGGUUCCUAUGCAAAUACAGCGCAGCAGCAGGAAUGUCCGUCCUGCUUGGUUUCACUCCUUGCAACUUGGUUCUACCGGGUCGGACUUGGCAGGUCCACACUCCCACUCGAGUCGGAACUCUGCGUGGUGAUGACUUUUAACAAACAAACGUCGUGGAGGAUGAAGCUGGGGGUGGGGUGGGAGGCUAAACUACUAGCUAGCUCGUAAGCAGCGCUUAGCGGAAGUUCGUCCAUUCUCAACGUUGCAGACUUACUGUUAUUUUGUCAAAGGUCUUGUCAGCAACGGCCAUUUAUGAGGAACCCAUCUGCAAGUGAAAGUGCAGGAGACGACGCCAAACGGUGACGGCAGCAGGGUAGGUGAACGAGUUAACUGAGACAAAUACCCGCGGGUCCCGCUUCAGUGGAAGAACUUGCAAGUUUUGAACGACUCUGUCAGUACUCGACCAUCUCUUCUGGUGAAUGAAAUGCAGUCUAACCUGUGUGCACAUUAAAAGUCCAUGCCUGUUCUGUCUCUCUGUCUCCUGGCGGUGCUGCUUCUCAUGAUACAGAAACAAUGGAGUCUAAAUGUGACCCCAUCGCAGACGACUGGAGUGACAAUCAGAGCCGACGGUCCCUGAGCAGCGUGCACAAGAAGGGUCGAGCAUCCUCCACUAAGAAACAGAAACACAACAAGAACUUCCGAGACCGGAUCCAGGAUGAAAAAGACAUUUCAAAGAAUGAAAUCUACCCUUUGGAUCCAGACCGUGACCAAAUGUCGGACGGAGAUGGGGGUCGAGGGAGCAAGGGCCCCUCUUACUCGGACGACUACGAGAAUGAGUCGCUGUCGGAGCGUUCGCUCUCACCGUUUUCGCGGGAUCGGACUCUGUCCCCUACCCCACCCACGGGGGUACGGAGAAACCAGAUUCCUAGCAGUUCGCCCUAUAACACAGGUGUGCAGCAACGCGUCCGGGCCCGCCCACCGCGUCCAGGCGGACGCUACCGGGGAGUGCGUUCGCGCAGCAAAGAGUCCCUUCCUCCAAAAGACCUGGACCCUCUGACCAAGCAAAUGCUCUCGGGCCGUCUGCUGAAGAUCAACGAAUUGCGCAAUGCUCAUGCCGAGCUGCAGCUGCGCAUCGUAGAGCUGCAGAAGGAAAACCGGAUUCUCAAGCACCUUCAGCUGCGCCAGGAGAAAGCCUUGCAGAACUACACGGACGCCGAGAACAAAAUCUCCCAGAUGCUGUCGUGCCACGCCAACGAGACCCACGUGCUGCGCGAGCGACUCCGGCGCACUCAGGAGCGGGAGCGUGUUGCCGAGCGUCGGCUGAAGGAGAAGGAGGCGCAGCUGAUGAGGAGUCAGGUGACGGUCGGCCGCAUGAAGAAGCUGGUGGAGCAGCGGGAGUUGGGAGCCCGCGAGGAGCUGACCUGUAAGCUGGAGGAGGAGAGGGCACGCACGCAGGAGGUUGAACUCAAGAUGAAGGAGCUGGAGAGGAACAUGGAGCUGAGCAGCAGCAGUCACCAGAGACAGCUCGCCGCAGAGAGGAGGAAGAUGCUCAUUGCUCAGGAAGAGAUCAAGACUCUGCAGAAGGAGCUCGACCAACUCACCAAUAAACUCAGGGAAAAAGAAAGGGAACUAGAGACGAAGAACAUUUACGCUCACCGCAUGGGGAAACUCCCACUGAGGAAAGUCACCGAGGGUGAGCCCAAAUCAAAGCUCCCUAGUAGUACCCACGUAAAGGGGGUGCAGGCCCAAGACCGAACGUGCAGCCCAGAUUUCCCCUCGCCGCCUCCCGCUGUCAUUGAUGCUAUAGAGAACAAUGAUCCAGCACCUGAUGGAUACCUGUCGCUCAAGCAACUGGACAAGGUGGAUGGACCGCCAGAGACGGGCAAACGUCCAAACCAGGAGCAGCAGCAGCAGCAUCAGAAGAAGACGGAAGACAUAAGAUGUACAAGUGAGCAGGAGGCAAAAGAGGAACAACCCGCAGGGUGGGACAAGGCAGAGAAGGAGGACGAGGAGAGAAAGAUUGCCAGCUUCUUAACAAAUUUGAGAGAGGGGAGCAGCAGCAGGAAGAGCGGCCAUGUCCAAGAGGAAGUGGACAGGUGGAACCAAGAGGCGGCCGAGGCACGUCGCAGAAAGGACCAGCUUCUGGCUAAGAUGCGGGAAAUCGACCUUCAAAACGAGGGCGUGCGGAAAUCCGUCUUCGGCGACUCCUUUGCGUCCAACACAGCUCCCGCUGAGCCUCCCUCCUCUCACGUGGAGGAUCCGAGUUUGGCUGCUGGAGAUGGAAACAGGGAGGCUGGACGGAGACGAAGCCUGCGCUCCCAAAAAUCCAACGAGGACUUAAUUUUCGGGAGUUACAUUCCUUCUUUUGGAAAUUCCCGAAGCGUUCCCCCUGCGCCUGUCAAAGAGGACGGCGACUCCGCGUUGGAGGCGAUUGGCGUUUUCAGCCUCAAGGGGGCGGAAUUGGACAAAAAGCAAGCGAGUGACGACGUCACAAACAACAAGAAGUCCAUUCUCAUGCAGCAGCUGUUUGGCUCUCUGGCGACACCGUCUGGCAACACUAACAAAAGUGACAUCCUGGACUUGAGCAGCAAUGGCGUGCGUUCAGGGCCCCGCUCGGGACGCAUGAGCUUCAGCACGUCAGCGCCGCCGUCGGCCUCCUUGGACGCCCGACACGUCGUAGAGAGCCGGCCGACUGUGCGCGCCAUCGCCUCGUUCGACGACGACAUCGAGGAGCUCAUAUUAUAACAUGUUUUUAGCGACUAGACAAACUCAGCACUCAAGUGUGUGUCGAAUAUGGCUGACAUUAGCUUGUGUUUAUUUUUUUUGUUGCACUUUGAAAUGGUUUUAAUUUAUUGCACUUGGUACAAUCUAACAAAAACAAAAAUAAUGUGUUUUCAAAUCUCUUCUGUUUAGUUUUUUUUAAUUUAUUA